CGAGCGGUGGGACAGUUAACCCGGCAAUUUUGGCCGGGAUGCAAAAGUUACGUUAAAAGUUUGAUUGUAGACAAAGAUAAUGUUCAGUUUUGAGUAAUAGCACGAAACGGAGUGUCGUUGCCUAGCAACGAUCUUCAGUGCCUAGCAACUCGCACAAAAAACGAGAUGUUGAAAGCUGAUUGCCUAGCAACCUGAUACUGGCAGUGAACUGUCAUGAAAAAUGAUAGCUGUUUGAACAGUACGCUCACUUUCGUGGGCUUCAUGUGCGUACAUCGAAAUUAGUAUUGUUAUUGUGAAUUAUUUAGACCGAGAUCGAGAGAAUCGAGGCGAGAUACCUAUAGAUCGAGGCAUCGGAGGCAUCCUCAAUCCGAGAUUGUGGAGCUGAGUGGAGUUGAAAAGACAGAUCAUCAUAUUCACGUUUUUUUGCAGAAAUGGCAAUUAAUUGUGAUACCCAUGACUUCAAGAUUCCUCAAAAGGAAGUCAAGGCCCACAAUGAGCUAAAGAAAUGGGCUGAAUCAGAGGCUUAUCAGGACAUCAUGGGCAUGCUGCUGGCGGUGAACACGGCGGUGCGCGGCCUGAAGAUGCCGCCCGCCACGGCAGAGGCUGGCUCCGACGCCGUGCGUCGUCUGGUGGCCCUCCUCGACCAUAUGUCCUCCUGGGUGGACGAGAUCGCGCCCGUCGAGCAGCCCCAGCGCUUUGGCAACAAGGCUUUCCGCACGUUCUAUCAGCGCCUUGAGGAGCGCGCCGAGCCGCUGCUGCGGGACGCCCUACCGCCGAAACUCCACCGCGCCGUACCAGAGAUGGCCGUCUACCUCACCGAGUCGGUCGGCAACGCCACCCGCAUCGACUACGGCACCGGACACGAGCUGGCGUUCGUCAUGCUGCUCUGCUGCCUGUUCAAGGUCGGCGCGCUGGCCGAGGAUGACAUGGCAGACGCCGGACUGGUCGUCUUUCCACGGUACCUUCGACUGGCACAGCAGCUGCAGCAGCGCUACCGUAUGGAGCCGGCCGGCAGCCAGGGUGUCUGGAGCCUGGACGACCACCAGUUUGUACCGUUCAUCUGGGGCAGUGCGCAGCUGAUCGACCAGAACCGCGUCUCACCCAAAGCCAUCGCCAAUGAGGACAUGGUGCACGCGCUGGCUAAGGAUUACCUCAUCUUUGCCGCCAUCGAGUACAUUCUCAAGGUGAAGACGGGUCCGUUUGCCGAGCACAGUAACCAGCUGUGGAACAUCAGUGCCGUGGCGCGUUGGACCAAGGUCAACUCAGGUCUGCUCAACAUGUACCGCGGCGAGGUACUCUGCAAGUUUCCGGUCAUCCAGCACUGUCGGUUCGGCUCCAUCCUGAGUAUCGCUCCGGCCUCUGAACGGAUACACGAGCUAGUGAUCCCGGCCGAUGUGACGGGUGGGCCGCUCGGAGGAUUGGGCAUGCACACGGGGAUGCCUGUGGGAAGAAUGCCGCCAGCGGGAGCCAUGCCGGGGAAAGCGCCCAUGGGAAGGAUGCCUCCACCGGGAGGGAUGCCCAUGGGAAGAAUGCCACCCCCUGGGGAAGUGCCCAUGGGAAGAAUGCCUGGCACAGUCCCGAUGGGCAGAAUGCCGCCAUCUGCGGGUAAGAUGCCGCCGCCGCCCGGUCCUGCGGCGGCCCCGGGCUCAAGUGCCCCCGCGCCGGGUCAGGGUGCCGCCCCGUCUGUGACGUCAGAUGCAGGGGAGCGGUGACAGUGUCAAUAGGAUAAGUUACAGAUGGUCAGGAGCUGCCACGUAUGUCCAUCUGGGGCAGUGUUUAGGUGAUGAUAGGAUGAGGGCCGCCAGGACGGCGGUAUCAUUUCCCCGUUGCUAUCUAAGCCUCUCGUUCACCUCUAAGGCUGGCGGAUGGUCUGCGCUUUACUCAUCGCGGAGCCCGGCAGUGCAGUGGUGUGCGCCUUGUGUGGCUGUGGUCGACAUUGUCCGUGAUGGGUUGAUCAGUGAUGCCUGCUUGUUGCUCGCUGUACAAUGCUAGUUCGUCCUGUCUGGUGAUGACGCUAAGACACACACCCUCAACAUUCGAAUCGUGUGUCGAGUUACCAGAGCAUCUCAUUUUCGAUACCCUGUCUUUGUUGUUGAUGAUGAAUUAGAACGUGUAAUAGCUCAGAUGUGAUCAGUCAGACGUAGCGCGGAUUGUUCGUGUUCGUGUCUGUUCUGGGAUCAUUUGAGUUUGUGAAGGUCAGCGGGCCCUUCCUUCCCUUGUGUGAUCAUUAUGCUUGUGUAAAUCGAUAAGUAUUCGGGGUGCGUACACAUAGCGUAGCGUGUGCGGCUUAUGCAUAUUGUUUGUUUGCGUGUUCGGCCCAGUCGAUCAAUGCCGCUGUUUUUGUGAUGCUACGUUUGGUUCGAAUGUCCACCAUAACUCUUCAUCGUGCUAGGUUUUGACCAGUUUCUGAAAGUCUGAUGAGCGGCAGACUGUUAUGUUAACAACUGUUAUGACUAAAAACUGCGAUACGACUUCUUUCUUUACGAAAAUAAACUUUUGAAAAGGUUUA